AUGACUAUACCUGACCACCUUUUUGACGAAGGCAUCAAUAACACAUUGCUGCAUCAUGAUAUGCGACAUCUUCAACAACAGAAUAAAGUAGUGUACGAGAGAACGCAAAGGGAGUAUGAACAAGAACAACGUGACAUGCUGUCAUCUCAAGAUGGUGAUACCUGUGAAAUUCAUGACCAGUUCUAUAGAGACCAUAAAUUACUUUUAGUGCUUUUUCGAGCACUCGCAGUCAUGCCCAUAACACGCUCGCGCCCAGGCACCAUCACUUUUAGUUGGAAAUCCUCAGCUACUAUAUACGCGAUCUGCUUCUACAUUUUGGCAACAGCUGUAGUCCUGGUGGUGGGAUAUGAACGUCUUAUGAUAUUGAGAUCUAUCAGACGCUUUGAUGACUACAUUUAUGCUAUUAUUUUUGUAAUAUUCCUCGUCCCACAUUUCUGGAUACCAUUUGUUGGAUGGGGCGUUGCUCAUCAAGUUGCUAUUUAUAAAACAAACUGGGGGAAAUUUCAGGACGUGGAAAUUGAAUGCUCAGCAAAGUUAAUAUCUCGAUAUCGCUACUUGUGGCUCAACCUGUCGGAGCAAUUGCAAGCAUUGGGGAAUGCUUAUGCACGAACCUAUUCUACAUAUUGUUUGUUUAUGUUCGCCAACAUAACAAUAGCAGUAUACGGAGCUCUAUCAGAAAUAGUGGAUCACGGUUUCAAAUUCAGUUUUAAAGAGGUUGGACUGGUGGUGGAUGCUGCCUAUUGUUGCACUUUACUGUUUAUAUUUGUAGACUGCUCGCAUAAGUCUACAUUGAAGGUUGCUGCUGGUGUUCAGGACACUUUGCUAUCUAUCGAUGUUCUCUCAGUGGAUAGACCUACACAAAAAGAGAUCGACCACUUCAUUCAAGCUAUUGAAAUGAACCCCGCUGUUGUCAGUUUAAAAGGGUACGCCCACGUCAAUAGGGAAUUGCUGACAUCGGCCAUAAGCAUGAUAGCUAUCUACUUGAUCGUUUUGCUCCAGUUCAAAAUAUCUCUACCCAAGGACCCUCAAAUAAAAGGUGCAUAA